AUGUACAUCCGGGAGGACAAACGUUUUCGACUGACUGAAUUCGGGCAGACGCAAGCAUCCACGAUCGGCCGCGUCCACUGCACAGCGUGGGAGGAGCUGAGCAACUCUGAGGGAGGGGGCAAGAGGGACGAUCAGAGCUCACAUUCCAAGGGUUCCAAGGAGACUGCUGCUACCCGCUUCCAGUCCCUCCUCGACCCUCAGAAGAGCAUCCGAGUCGCAUCCCCUAUUCCCAUUCCCGAUCGUGCGGAUCGGCAAUCUCGAUGGAUUGUUUGGUUUUGCCCCUUUAACGGUGUAUAG